AUGAUAUUUCCUCCCCUUCCGGCCUCUACAUUGGGACCAGAUCACGGUGCCCGAGUCUAUGAAUAUAUCAACACAAGUACCCCAACAAGUACCCCAACAGCAAGGAUUUUCAAGAGUUUUGAAGUGAAAGACUAUUCGGCUCCAUUAGUUCUCAGCUUCUCGUCGAGGGGGCCAAAUGCCAUAACAAGAGAAAUCCUCAAGCCUGAUCUUACUGCACCGGGGGUAAGUAUUCUUGUUGCAUGGUUCAUGGCUGCCACUGUUACGGAUCUCCUGAAGACAAAGGAUAAUUCCAUACAAUAUCAUAUCAGGGACAUCGAUGUCCUGUUCCCAUGCUUCCGGCACAGCGGCGUACAUUAAAUCAUUCAA